AAGGAUUCCUCAAUGACAUAGGCCAUACCCAGCUAGCAGCAAUCACUCCUCUCGCCUGCAGCAGGAAAUAGAUCCAGAUCCCAACAAAUGGCCAGGACCUACCACUAAGCAGUCUCAUCACAAAUGUUGUGAAUGAACAGUUCUGGCACAUACCUCAGUGUAGAUAUUGGAAAAUGCUUCUGAGUACCCCAAAGAAUCCAGGAGAUGAAGCCGAUGUUGCAUCUCCUCUGAACAGAACAGGUGCCAGUGAUGGGGGAGGAGAAUCAGCGCAACCAACAAGAUCAUCGCAGCCUGCUGCCAUUGCAUCUAGUACUCCUAGUGGCCGACCCCCAGCUCCCAGCAGUGCCACUACAGCAGCCACGCGUGUUCCAGCUCCUGUAUCCAGACCUCCAGGUCCUGUUCGUCCUCCUGUUUCUAGACCUGGAGGUCCUACUAGAACUCCUGGCCCUGUACGAGGUACUCCAAGACCUAAUGCAAGGCCCAAUCCAAGACCUAAUGCAAGGCCUAACGCAAGACCUGGAGCUCAUCCUAUAAAUUACAAGAUCAGACGGAUUUCGGCACUCAGAAGAUACUGUGUCCCGGUUACAACACUGAUAAUUGUGUUGGCUUCACUUGUAGUCAUAGCUAUACUGAUUAAAGUGGUCCUUGAUAAUUACUACUACUUCUGCACCAAAUCGUUCAAGUUUAUUCCACUGGACAAGUGGUGUGACGGCGUGUCUGACUGCGCCGGCGGUGAGGAUGAAUUGCGCUGUGUGCAGCCCGUGGACUACAGUAACAGUUCCAUUGUCAGGCUUUCAGAUGCAGACUCCGUUGUACAGAUCCUUACAUCCUCCGGGGCAUGGAGCUAUAUUUGUUACGAUGGGUUUAACACAGCCGCAGCAAAAGCUGUAUGCGCACAGCUGGGAUAUUCCAGUACCCCGUCAUUCUCCCAAAUACCGUCACCAGCAUCUAAUGGGGUGUACAGUAAUAUUCUGCUGAGUGGCAGUGGGAUUCAAGUGGUUCCAAUCACUGGGAAUUGUUCGUCUGGCAAUGUUGUAUCUCUGACUUGCUUAGUUUGUGGCGUCAACCAUAAAAAAGAACGAAUCAUUGGAGGCCAUGAUGCCUUGAUAGACAAUGUGCCGUGGCAAGUCAGUAUGCAGUACAUGGGGCAACAUCUGUGCGGCGGAAGCAUCAUUGCCCCCCGUAUAAUCCUCUGCGCUGCACAUUGUUUUCAAAAGACUCAGAAGCAAGUGGAUAGGUGGCGCGUCCAGGCUGGCGGGUCCACUCUUACUUACUUGUUUGCCUCACCAGUGGACAAAAUCUUCAUUCCCACCAGCUACAUUUUAGAACAGAAACCAUACGACAUUGCUCUGAUUAAGCUCAAAAAUGAUCUCACCUUAUCAGCCACAGUGCAGCCAGUUUGCCUUCCUGGGUUUGAUAACAACUUGCCGAGUGGUUCUCCGUUGUUAGUAACAGGCUGGGGUGACAUUUCGGAAGGAGGUGCCCUGGCCCAAACACUUCAGGAAGUUUCCAUCACAUCGAUCCCCAAUGACGUAUGUAACCAAGAAUAUUUUGGCCAAAUCCUGGACAGUAUGCUAUGCGCUGGUCGGCUUUCGGGUGGAACUGAUGCUUGCCAGGGUGACAGUGGUGGCCCCUUGGUGUAUUUGGGUCAAAACACCCACUGGGAGCAAGUUGGUGUUGUAAGCUGGGGCGAAGGUUGUGGACGGCCUGGCAAAGUAGGAGUAUACACCAGGGUUGCAUCAUAUCUGUCCUGGAUAUAUGGAAUAAUGAAGAGGGAAUUAUAGCUCCUGUAAUGGAUCCAACCCACCCCCCCUAUUUAUUAAUACUACCUCCGAGUCCUGGCCUGAAAAAGGUCCUGGUCCGUAACACUCCGUGUGCUGCUCUUUGUGUCGGGGAGCUGCGUCACAGUUUUCUGCUCUGCGGGUCCAGAGCACGGUGCUUCCUCCUCAAUGAUGGACACAUCCAGGAGAUUGCUAAUGAAAUUCUAAAGAGAUCCUAUGAACUGGGCACCGUUCCAUUCAUCUCUGCUGCUCCGCUGUCACACUGAUGUACUUGUGGAUAGUCUACACUGUGCAACAGAAGAAAAGCUUGUACUGUAUUUUUAUCCUAGAUGUACAGUCUAUUAUAAAGCACUCACAGCAGACUAAGCAACGAUAUGGUUGGGGACACUACAGCCACACUCCAUACAGUAUAUAUUCUGAAACCGAGUGUUCUGUAAAGCCACUUGGUAGUGAUGCUACUGUGUAAAUAUAUAGUGGACUCCUUCCAGGAACUGGCCAGAUACGUGGCCUGCUGAGAUUAUUCAGGUAUAUAGAUUACUAAGAUCAUACUCUGUGGAAUUGCGCUAUAGUUUUGUUAGUAGAACCAUACGAUCCAGAGAUUGAUUGAUUGUGGAUGUACCUGUGACUAUAUGCAGUAUACAGUAGGAAACCUUGAUGUUUUCACCUGAAUGCAACUACUAGACCCCAAUGUCGGUCUGGGGCAUGAAGGGCCCACCGGGGGAAUGCUGCUGUAGGGGCCCAUGCUUAAAGGUGUAGCCAGGUUCCAGUGGGGGCGUGGCCAGCCACCACAGAGGAUUAGCUAACCAUUACAUGUUCUGUGCCUCUUGGUAAAUAUAUAUAAUAAACCUAAUUCUUGUGAAGUAUAAUGUAACAUAUAUAUAUAUAUAUAUAUAUAUAUAUAUAUAUAUAUAUAUAUAUAUAUAUAUAUAUAUAAAAUGCAUAAAUCCAGUGCACUAGGAUAGAGUCUGGAACUUGAUCCCUAGAGGAGGAGGAGGGCCCACAGGCAGUAGGGCCCACCGGUGGGUUCCCCUGUUCACUCUGUGGGCCAGUCCGACCCUGCUUGACCCUACCAAAUCAAGUUUUCCAUAGAAGAGCUACCUCACAUUGGGGUUACUGGAUGUCUCCUAUAUUGUGCAUCAUUGCAGUAUCCUGCAAAGCACCCAGGAGAUAAUGAAGAGCUUGCUGUAUACUUGUGUCCUCCAUCUUCCCCUAACUGUCCUGCAUGCAGUACAGUGCCUCAGUUUUUAUAAUUUCAACCGUCAGAACCAGAAAUGAGUCUAAUCUACACAAUCUCUUCACAAUGCAAUCAUUUUAUUUCUGUAUACUGAAUCCCUCUUUGUAUCCCUAUUUGUGCACUACUACUAUCGCCCAGGCGUGUCAACAUAUGUACAUAAUGCACUUACAAUAGAAGUAAAUUGUAUAUAUAAUAUUUUUAAUGCUGAUUAAAUGUUAUCACUAAUCUGUGUAAGUUUUUUUUUUCUUCAGUGGGAGGUAUCUCACAUACACCAAACCUACAUUUCCAACUGCAUCUUCUGGUAUAUACUGUAGCAUGAGAAAUAAAAACUUAAUUUUGACAUAUUUAUUAUUAAUAAUUAUUUAGUGUGACAGGGACAGCACAAAUCUGACAUGGUUAUAGAACUACUGGAUGUGAGAUUCAGUCCAGGUAUUUUGGGUAUUCAAGUCUGAGCAGCUUUGUUUUAAAAAGGUUUUAGUCACAAGAGAUAGUGCUCCUGAUGGUGAAUUAGUCGCCCAAGUGAUAGGCCAGGGGGUGGUUAGUGUUCCUGGAUUUGCUGUUUGAACACUGCUGUUUGUGUGACUAAUUGUGCCACUAUCUACCAGUAUGUCAUUGUUUAUAUGAUUACAUGUGUAUAGACAACAUACACAAUAGAUUAAAUUGUACUUUUAACAUA